AUGCUAGCUUCCACACGGUCCCGCCUCUGCUUCGCUGCCCUCUCAUCCCCUUCCCGCCUCCUCACCCGCGCAUUCACAACCACCGCACCACGCCCAUCCGAACCAUCUGAGAAUGCCAUGCCAACCAACGACCCCAAUCCGCACAGGAAGUUCAGCCCAAUCUCCGUGACCAAUGCCACGCCUACAGAUGCCAUGGGCUCCCAGGACCUCCCCCUGCAAGAAUCAGUUGAGCACGCACAGCGCGAGCUGGCCAAGCAGGCACCCAACCGGACCACCAUCUGGGCAAAGAGCCAGCAGCCGCGCGAUAUGGCCAUGACUGGACCGCGAUUCGAGCAAACUAUUAUGGAGUACCAGCCCCGGCCGUACGCUGCCAUCGAAUUGAUCCACAAGCAGCCCGUGCGAUGGACGAAGGAGAAAGUCGUCUCAUGCGACGGUGGCGGAGGUCCCCUGGGUCAUCCCCGAAUCUUCAUCAAUACAGACAAACCCCAGAUCUGCCCGUGCGAAUACUGCGGGCUUCCAUUCGCAAACGAGCACAACCGGAAAGCGCUGGAGGCACAGGGACAGACGUCGUAUCCCUUGGAGCCGCUGGGACACCCAGCGGAGGUCAAUGAGUCGCAGCGGAUUACGCCAGAGGGGUUCGAGCAACGAUAG